UCUGUUUGUCAACCGUCAAGUUGCGCUGCGGUGGGCGGUGCUCUUGCCUCGUAUUGUUGACGCAAUAUCACCGUUCAGCGCCGGCCGCUCGGCAGCGGUGACUUCGCUAGUCGGGCUUCGUCACUGCAAGAUGGACCACUCAGGCGUCGGUGAUCCGGAGGUGAACAUCGAGUCGAUGCGCCACCCCUACAAGGCACCUAGCGAGGCAUUCACCGAGGACCAGCUGGUGGCGCGCGAGCCGAUCGCCCAGUUCCGCGACUGGUUCGACCAGGCCUCCCGCACGCCCGGCAUCCUGGAGCCGAACGCCAUGUGCCUAUCGACGGCCAGCGCCGACGGCGCGCCGUCCGGCCGCUUCGUCCUGCUCAAGGGCUUCGGCCGCGACGGAUUCCGCUUCUUCACCAACUACGGCAGUCGAAAAGCGGCCGAUCUGGACGCUAACCCGCGCGCGGCGCUCACCUUCUACUGGGAGGCGCUGAACCGGAGCGUGCGCGUGGAGGGCGCCGUCCGUCGGCUGCCGGCUGACGUCUCCGACGCGUACUUCCACUCGCGGCCGCUGGCCAGCCAGAUCGGUGCGGCGCUGUUCCGCCAGAGCGCGACGAUCGCCGACCGCGGCCAGCUGGAGCGGCGCGAGGCCGAGCUGCGCCAGUUGCACCCGGAGCAGGGGCCGCCUGUGCCGCGGCCCGACUGGGGCGGCUACAUCGUCGAGCCGCGUCAGGUCGAGUUCUGGCAGGGCCAGUCGACACGCAUCCACGACCGCAUACGGUUCCGGCGGCCAGUGGACGGCGACGACGACGACCCUCGCGUGCGGCGUGGUGACGACGGCUGGGUGCUGGAGCGGCUGGCCCCCUGAACGGCGGCGGCUAGCGGUGGAUGCGCACCGUGCGCCGGUGCGGGAGGCGAUUUCGCCGAUGGGCAAGGUGCAGCGCCGGGGAAAAUUGCCGCUCCGCUGGUUGAUUUCCCAUGCGAAUUAUGCAUGCGCUAGUCGCGGGCUUAUACCAAUUUUCGGGGCCGCCUGAUCUGAUUUGUUAAUCCUAUGCUGCGUACAGAAUGAUUGGCGAUAAUGCGAUGUACUCCACGUGUUCGGUCUUUACGGAUAUAGCCCAUUGUGGAAAAAUAUAUCAUGUCGUUUUCA